UCCAUUCUAGAAUGGUCUGUGAAAACGGCGGACUGUUUAAGCAACUUGUCUGAUCACGAAUAAGGGAUUACUGUUUACUACAUUUUGCUUGUAUUGGGAUACGAAAUAUAGUGCAUUUACAUUGAAAGUGAGACAUUUUCAUUAUCACGAUGAAGAUGAAUAUUGUGAUCUGCCUACUAUUUAAAAAAAUCUCGAGUGCUUGUUUGUGUCGUGCUACAGUCGAGUGCAACACUUGUACACACUGAUACAGUGUAAUCCCAGCAGAGGCAAAAUGAAAGACGAGAGAUCGGAAGAUGAACCUGCAGUGGGUGAAACAAGUCAAGAUAAAUCAAAGAAAAAUGAAGGCGUUUUGGCAGAACUCUCAUCUAUUUUAGCUGUCAAGGCCGAACGAAUACGUCUGAAACGGCGACAGGAUGCCCAAAUGACGCCCCAGCUACCCAGUGACGGUUCUGUCACCCACAGUAAAUCACAGCCAUUAAAUACCUUCCAACUAGAAGAAAGCAGUCUACUAUGGUCAAGAGCACUACCAAUUCCAGCAUCACAGAUUCCAGUGUCAAGAGCUCGUCUUCGAAGGCACCAGCAACAAACCUCCAACAAGCCUUCAGAUAGACCAGUUCAGAGACAGCAUAUUGACAUUUAUAAAUACAGGCCAGACUAUACAUGGAAUCGAGGAGGACGUGUGAAAGAACUAAGGAUUAGGAGGAUCGCACGAAAGUAUCUGCAGCUGUGGCUUUACAAUGUCUUUGGCAGAGUGAGACCUUCAGCUGCACGGAGGCAUUAUAACUUGGGACUGGUACGCAAAUCAUUUGCUGUUUGGCAUCUAUUUUGGUGGGAGAUCCGACAAGAGUGGCGUCUGAUGGUGAGAGCUGAGUGUCAUUAUAGAUAUGUGAUGUGGCAAAAGGUGUUCAGUGCUUGGAAGGAUUUCAUCAUACUACAGACAGUGAGGAAAGCUAAAUCUGACCAGGCAGAUAAGCAUUAUGAAUCUCGCUUGUGCCACACAACCUUGCAGUCUUGGCUCAAAUACUGGAAAGAGAGAAAGAGGAAAUGUAUACUUAAACAAAAGGCCAAUGCUGUGUUUACUCACCACACUUUGAGAUGGGUAUGGCAACAGUGGAGUAAUGAGAAGCAGAGACUGGAAGUCCAUACAGAAAUGGGUGUGGCUGCCUUGCAGUUUUGGGCAUGCAGGCUACAAGCACAACACUGGCAUAUAUGGAAGGUACAUCUGGACUUGAGAAAGAAAGAGAAACAAAAGAUGGUCAAUGCUGCCCAAUAUUAUAAUACUGUCAUCAUUGGUCAGUGCCUACAUGCAUGGAUGCAGUACUGGCAGUGUCAACAAGCCAAGAAACAACAGAAAAACUAUGCUGUGCGCGUUCAUGAAGCUACCCUAAAACUACAAAUGUUCAGACACUGGUUUCAUCGAUGGCAUCUGUGUUCAGCAGUUGCUGAACAUGAGGGUCGCAUGAAAAAUUAGCAGUUCAUUUCCAGAUCCGACACUAUUUUCGCCGAUGGCAGCUUUUUAUUGAUGAUAUCUAUCAACAGAAAGCAUUGACUUCCCUAGCUGAACAUCAUAACAGAAAGCACCUUUUGAGGCUAGGUCUCAGUGCAUUUCGUCUGUCAGUGGUUCAACACCGUAUCAAAUUGAUGAGACAAGCUUUGGC